ACAGACGGCAUAGUUCAGUGUCAUGCUUUACUUCAUACAAAUUGCUGUUGUGCCUGAAUUGUGCGACAGAAAUGCAUCGAUUCCAGGAUGUCGGAUGUCUGGACUUUCAACGUGUAGUGAUCAACAUCGGCCCAGUCUCCUACAUUCACGCCAACUACGUGGCAACGCCACUCAAUCCGAGACGGUUUAUCUGCACACAGGGUUCAAAAAAAUCUGCUGAAUACGUGCCUCUUUCGUUCGACACCAGUCCAUUGGCAUUCGGUGAUGUCACAGUAACUUUGAGAAAACGCGAGGAGUUCCAAUUUCCUUUCAAUACACGAGUGAACGUCGACGUAGGCUACCUGGAAGUGAAAAUCAAAGGUGAACCACCUCAUCACUGCACUCACUACCACUGGAAGGACUGGCCUGAUCGAGGAGUUCCCGAAGCAGACCUUGCGCCUAUCUACUUACUAACCAAGAUCCAAUCCACCCCAUCUGCUCAUGUUAAAAAUCUUAACCCGCACGCAGUAGAACUAAUAAACUCCCAAGCACCACUCACUGAAAUUCGCGCACUAUUGCUAAAUCUACGUAAACAAAGAAAUAAUUCGAUACAGACAGAACAUCAAUACCUAUACGUUCACCAAGUGCUCUUGUUAUAUCUGAAAAAGUUGAAAUAUCUCGACGACAGUGUCAUACCGUAUCUCGAGCAAUUCACAGCUGACUAUCAAGCCGCAACAAAAGGAUUCUAA